CGAAUUCAAAACCACUGAAUGAAAAUUACUUCAUCCAGUUGAAAUCCAUACUUGGGAUAUACUUGUGACUUAUGACAAAUGAAAAUGACAUGAUAAUGAUACGAUCUGCUCAAGUGAAGAGUCAAGCUGAAACUAACAUCCCCACCACCGAGCAUAAUUAUCGAAUCAAUAUAAUUUCUAUUAUUCCAACUAUUACGCCAAUCAUCUGAUUAUGUUAAAGAUAAAUCAUUAGAUCAUUAAAUCAUUAGAUUCUAUAAUACAAAUUGAUUCCCAGUAUACUUAAUGCUUGAAAUUUUCUCAUGUAUAAUCCAAGAAUUACCAGCUCGAAUUAGUCUGCUCUUAAUCUUCUACUUGAUAGAUUGCAACGAUGAUUGCAGAGAAACGAAUAGAAUACAUGAAGUUUCGAAUCAUGGUAAAACGUUUUCUCUGCAUCAUCGGAUUUUGGUCGUCGGAAAAUUCAAAUAUAUUCUUCAAAAAUUUGUUAUUUUUACAUCUCUCAUUUUUUAUAAUUCCCAUUAUUGGUGUGAUUAAUUUUUUCAAAACUCACAUUUCGAAUAUACACCUUGCUACAAAAGGUUUGAGUGUUCUCGUCGGGUUUUCUACAAUUAUCGUCAAAGUAGUAUGUUUCGUCAUCAACCGAAAAGACAUUAACGAUUUGUACGAAAUUCUCGAUCCCUAUGUCGAUGAAUUAUUGAACAAAUCUGGAAUUUCGGACAUAAUUUUAAAAGGAAUAUCAAAUUUUCGUCGCCUAUGCAAAGUUGCCGCUGGAUUUGUGACGGUGUCUUGUUCUUCUUAUGCAAUCGCACCGAUUCUUUCAAUAAUUAGCCAGUGGAGACUCGAAAAACGACCUAUUAGAUACAAUCUAAUUUAUCCGACUGCUUACCCUUGGGAGCAUCCUGCGAGUGGUUUCUUGUACAAUUGUCAUUUUUUGAACGAAUACUUAACGACAUUUAGUAUCAUCACUGUAACAGCUAGCAUAGAUAGUGUUUUUGUGUACUACGUUUUUCAAAUAAUCGGAAUGAUACGUGAGAUUUCGCACCACAUGUCACGUUUCGAUCAGGGCAAUGCAGAUGCUGUUAUUCGUCAAUGUGUUCAACAGUAUGAAGUGUUACUGGAGUGUCGGAGGAAAGUCGAAAAGAUUUUUGGGCCUAUAAUACUUUGGUCAAUGGGUACCAAUGCAAUCAUACUAUGUGCUGUAAUUUUUCAACUAUCUCAUGCAAAAACCAUACCUUUUACAGUAAUAGUGAUUUGUGCAGCAUACGCUGGCUUAAAACUGACUCAAAUUUUCAUUUUUGCAUGGGCAGGCUCGCAACUCACAAUGGAGAGUGAAAAUUUAAUAGACACUAUUUACGCAGCCAAUUGGCUUGGGAAUAAACGUACGAUGACUUCGAUAUUAAUGAUGCUCACCCAAAAACCGCUGGUAUUAACUGCCUGCAGCUUAUCAACAGUAUCAAUAGAUAUGUUUGUGUCAGUAAUCAACACAACUAUUUCAUACUAUUUAUUGCUAAAAACCUUUGAAGCCGAAACGUAGUUCAUUAUCAAAUAUUUAAUAUGAUGAACGAUAGUAAUUCCAUUGUUAAAGUUAUUAUUGUCUACCGUAUUGAAUCGACAUUUAUUAAUUGUAAUUUUAAUAUAAUUUAGGAAUAUAAACUCACCAGUAAACAGUUUCUCCAGAAAUUAGUCUUUUAAAAUGCGUAUAAUUGAUCCAACACUGAAACAAAAAAAAUUAAAAAUUUUUACAAGACACAAAAAAUUCAAUUUUGAAAACAUUGUUCUUAUAUUUUGAACUUUGUAUUUUACGAUUAAGUUUUAUAGCAAGACUUAUUCCCAAUGACUGCUGGAUUAAGACUGACGCUAAGAGAUCCAUUAUAAAAUUUCCGAUCGAUCGAAAAACUAUCACUGUAAUUGUCAGUAGAAUAAAACUUU